CCCUCGUGUUCACGAUUCCCCAGUGAGAUCUGGAAUGAGGCUACUCGACCUCCUUCUCCUCGCAUCCCUCUGGGCUGUCUUCCUGCAGGCAGGAACGGCCCACCGAAACCUUCCCCUCCACAGCGAUGACAGUCACAUCUCACUACGCAUGAACAAUGAAGCAGACGACUCCAGACGGAUCUUUCACCUGAGUGUCGGUACACCUGCUUCACCCCGAGGCGAUCGAGCAACGCGAGACUGGCACAAGUCCCGCCAGAAGCUGCAUCGUAUGAAUACAUUCUCGUACAAGACCGCUGUCGUCGAUGGUGUCAAGAAGAUGGUACGUUGCAUAGGCAAAUGCUUGACAGCCACUAUUCUCGAAAAUGAGAGAGUGCUAAACCCUGAUGGAUACGAGCCUCUAGUGGGACAUUUCUGAGAGUCGAUCUUGAGCAGUAGCUGGCCAUUCGCAUCCGGAGCACAUCGCAAAUGUGCAAGCAACGUCGGGGCUCGAUGGUCUGAUAGCAAUGUUGCUCUCUACAACGGGGUUCGUUGCUAAAAUACCUUCCUGCUGGUAGCAACGGCACAUAUGUCUGACAUUUGCCGACACUGAACGAUGCCAUGUUCGUUUGCGAAUGUCACUAGACUCCGUGUCCCGAAAGUCCGAAUGAGAAGGGUGCUUACAUUGC